CUUGAACGCAAGAGGGUGAUGUACUUUCGCUCCAUCACAGUCCUCGGCUCAAUUUCUGUUGGGUCAAGAAGUCCUGCCCAUCUUUUAACAACAUGAUCUUCUGGAUCCUUCUUGCUGCGCUCAGCAUUAUUCAGUCCACCUGUAUAGCAGAAGAAACAAUUUCACUGCAACAGAAUCCCUCGCCCAUUGUGACGGCCCAGAAUGCGACAAUAUUCUGCAACUACAAAUCUAAGAGAGAUGACUUAAAUGCAAUGAAAGGCUUGCUGCUUAAAGGGAUAUUAAAGAGUGAAGUCUGCUCACUUUUCUGGAACAAAACCUUUUCUAGUAACAAAACAAAUAGUGACUUUACCUGCGAGGUUAACGUCCAAGAAGAAAAGUCAAUAAUCUUUGACCUGCGGGAUCUAGCCUUCAAUCAGACAGACAAUUACUUCUGCAAAAUUGAAGUCAUAGACCCAGCACCAUAUGAAAGUACCAUAAGCCCAUAUGGGACGUUAAUUCACGUGAAAGAAACUCAAUGUCACCAAGAAGAACUGGAAUACAGGGGUUUUGCUGCAGCUAUUGGAGUUCUUAUUAUCUACAGUGUGCUAAUAACAGCAGCUUUUUACUAUUGUUGGGCGAAAACCAAGAAGAAAAAGACUGUUCGAAAUGACUAUUUGAACAUGACUCCCUGGCAAACUAAUGGUCAAAAGAAGAGGCAUCAUCAGCCGGGUGUCCCAGCAAGGAACUUCACUGCAUACCGCACAUGGGAGCCAUGACGAUUGGUAGUACAUGUGGCUUCUUCUCUACGGUGGGAAAUACAAAAGAACAGGGCUGUUGUCAAUAGAAAAAGAAAAAAAGGGGGGAAAGAAACAAAUCUUGGAGUUCUUGGUGUUAUGAAGGAUUAAAAACUAUCUCUAAGUUAUGUUUCGAAUUGAUGUUAGAAAAGAAGAAAAACUGACACUGGGUUGUAAAUACGACCAGGUAAAUCUGUCAUCCCUGGUUCCAUCUGCAUCUUUCCUGAUCACUUUUGUCUCAACAGAAUGUAAAUAAAAAAAACCUGUACCAAAACUCUGACACGUUUACCAAGCAAAAAGCAGAGGUAAAAAAAAUAAAAUAAAAAACCAUCGCCGUUCAUGUCCAAAGUAAAA